UGUUGUGCGACAAUCGUUCUCACAUCUACGCGUUUGAAGCUGGUGGCAUAGCCUACCACUCCCAGGCCCAAGUGAUCCCCCUCAGUCCGAUCAAUAAGAUCCACCUCACAUUCGACGAAGUCUCAUCGAACAUUAUUUCCACUGAUGACAUUCAUUAUGCACCCACUCGCGUGAUUUCACUGGAGAACACGUUAAAUGGAUUGAUAAUGCCACUCAGCGAAAUUAGAAACAUCUCGGGAUUGGCGAGGAAGAAGGGAAUUAAGAUGCAUCUGGACGGUGCAAGGAUUUGGAACGCUUCGGCAGAAACGGGAAUCGAGUUGAGCGCGUACGGUCAAUUCUUUGAUUCGAUGACUUUGUGCUGCUCAAAAGGUAUCGGGGCACCCAUCGGAUCUGUGCUGGUGGGAAACGAGGAGUUCAUCAACAAAGCUAGACAUUUGAGAAAAUUAUUUGGCGGCGGUUGGCGCCAGUCCGGGUUAUUGGCCUCCGCCGCAAAAUUGGCGAUCGAGUUAAACUACCCUCAUAAGCAAAAAGAAUCUCACGUGUUGGCACGCAAACUCGCCACAGGGCUUGGUGAGCAUGGCAUCCUCAUCUCUCAACCGGUCCACACAAACAUGGUGUUCAUCGACACCACCGUCAUAAAUAUUACUAUUGACACCCUGGCUAAACAUCUAGCAUCUCACGGUGUUCGGAUAAGCGGUGAUGGUAAGAAUACCGCUCGCUUGGUAGUUCACUACCAGAUCACCCCCCAGGCCAUCGAAAAAUUUUUAGGAAUUGUGGGCGAGGUCGUUAAAAAACAAUUUAGCUAA